AUGUCCCUCUCUUUGGUUUCAAAUGCACAUCUCGACGAGAGCUCUGCAAAGAUAAGGUCAAAGCCUGUCCCAUGGGAGGGAUACCAACGUGCCGAACUGGUGACUUCAGAGGAGCUGGCUCUCAUUAAGAAGGUGGACAGACAGCCCAAGGCGAAGGUCGAGUCUAUCCAUCUGUCUGAUGGUCAAACAUAUGCCCUACUAUACCUUCGGCUUCUCAAGAAGCUUCAAAGGGUUGAUACCAUGCAAUGCCUCUUGGUCUUAAUCGCAGAUGCACUACUUGAUCAUGAUGAGCGAAUACCGCUCUUCGCAAGAACCACUCAGUCUGAUCCCGACCUCCCAUAUGCCCCUCUCAUCAGAACGCUGGAGGCUCAAGAUGACUUCGUGCAACUUAAAUCCGCUCAAAUUCUGACUGUGCUGCUGAGCUCGGAAUCAACUCCCCUUCAGCAUCAGCACCUUCAGCCAUUCCUCAAGGUUCUCGCAUCGCUCGUCCAGAGCCAGUCACAAAACAAGCGUGACGUCGCGGUCCAGUGCUUAGAAUCUCUUCUGGCUCGCCCAGAAUGCCGCAGGGCAGUAUGGGCCAUCCCUGGAAUAUUGGCAGGGUUCGUCGAGAUCCUUCGCCAUAAACCUGGCCCCCAGAUGAGCUAUCAAGUGAUUUUCUGCAUUUGGUUGCUUUCAUUUGAGCAAGAUGUCGCUGAGCAGAUCAACAAGAAAUACGAUAUCAUACCUCUGUUGAUUACAGUGGCACAGGCUGCUGUGAAAGAGAAGGUCAUCCGUGUUAUUAUUGCUACUUUCAGUAAUCUUAUCACGAAGGCCCCUUCUGAUAAUCUCCCGGCUAUGCUCGUAGCGCAGCUUCUUCCGUUCUCGAAGAACCUCUCAACGCGCAAAUGGUCCGACGAGGAUAUCUUGGAGGACGUACAGUAUGUCAGAGAUGAGCUGGAACGCAACUUUGAAAGCUUAACGACAUACGAUGAAUACAUGUCGGAGCUCGCAUCUGGUCAUCUGUCGUGGACACCAGUACACGAGUCAGAUGCAUUCUGGCGAGAAAAUGCAUCGAAGCUAAAUGAUAGAGACUAUGAGCAGUUGAAGACUCUCAUCAGAUUGCUAGGCUCCGAUGAUCCCCUAGUCCUGGCGGUUGCAGUACACGAUCUUGGACAGUAUGUGAAGCAUUACGAACGAGGAAAGACGAUAAUUACAAACUUGGGAGGCAAAGCCCGAGCAAUGGAGCUCAUGACCCAUCCAGACCCAGAUGUACGCUACUACGCCUUGCUAUCAGUGCAGGAACUCGUCAGCCACCCUUGGUCGGUAUGA